AUGCCUCUUGAACCUAUCCUGUUGAACGAUGGAAACAAGAUCCCAGCCAUUGCGUAUGGCACAGGCUCCAAGAUGAAGUACCACGAUAUUACACAGUACAUCGAGCAGGCUAUCGAACUGGGGUUCUCGCAUAUUGAUACUGCUGCAUUUUAUCAAACCGAGAAAUACGUUGGGAAAGCUAUAAAAGAAAGUGGGCUGGCGCGUUCAGAGCUGUUCAUCACGACCAAGUAUCCUCGAGAUGUGCCGAUUCAGAAGAGCGUCAAAGAGAGUUUGGCGAAUCUCGGACUACAAUAUUUGGACCUAUAUCUCAUUCACCAACCUCUAUUCAUUCCAGAUAUUGUCAAAGCAUGGAAAGAUUUUGAGAAAGUACAACAAGACGGGUUGGCCAAGAGCAUUGGCAUCAGCAAUGUUGUCGAUGUGCAGCAACUCGAGGACCUUAUCAAACACUCCGAAGUGAAGCCUGCAGUGAACCAGAUCGAGUUACAUCCAUACAAUUACUACAAAAUGAAACCCGUCAUGGAUGUAUGUGCCAAACAUAAAAUUGUAGUGGAAGCUUACAGUAGUCUCUCACCGAUAACUACAUACCCUGGCGGGCCCGUUGACGUGCCUCUCAAAGCUGCCGCUCAAAGAAUUGGUGCCACACCGACUCAGGUGGUAUUUUUGUGGGUCAAAGCGAAGGGUGCGGUUAUCGUCACAACCUCUACCACCAAAGCACAUAUGGAAGAAUACCUUGCUGUGUCGGAUUUGCCUGCUUUGACCAAGGAGGAAGUUGCUGAUAUCGACGCUGCAGGUGCUAAGGGGCCUCCGUCUGGUAUUACAACUAGAUUGGCUAUAAACACGAAGGAAAAGGCGCUGGGAGCUAUGAUUGUAAUGACAUUCUUGGUGUAUGGAUUGUCUGGAUGGGGACGUGUAUGUUACUAA